CCGCCUCUCCCUUAAGUCCCGACUAAGGUUUACAUAUACCGGGAAUUGUGUAUGCAUACAGUCACGUACGUCGGAACCCUGCGGACGUUUCGGAUUUCUGGCGUCAGUUAUGGGAGCGUAACGUCGCGAAGAAGGCGUAGAAGGCUCUUAAAAGGUGUGACCGGGAAGAUCUUAAGCCUGGAUAAAGGUAAAACAGCUCGGUUUGCAGCCAACUAACAACCAUCCGGAACGGAACAGCUCUCCACCGCAUAGAUCUUCUGCCUCGUUGUAUCUUUCAUCGGAAAGGAGGAGAGAGAUAGAGCCUGAUAGGAGCAAGAGGACUCAUAGGAUCAUCAACGGUUCUUCGAUCCGUGUUUCGAUGAUGAUGUCCCAGUUAGUAUGCCAGUUGCUGAGGCGUCAUUAAACGCAUGCACGUUCAACGCGACAGUCAUGAGUUUGGGUUGUCUACGAAACACGAGAGCAAACGGAAGUGAAGGCAGCAGACUGGAGAGAAGUUGCUUUGUAACGACUGUUAUGCAUGACUGUUAUAAAUGCAAGACAAGGGACUACACCAAUACCGUAUGCCCUGAAGUGGCCGGUCGGGACUGAUAUUUCAAGAAACAAGAGCAGAAAACAAAGCGUACAAAUACCAAGGAGCCAAAGCUGGAACGUGUACAUCAUCGCCCUUAGUAGUGUGCUAAUUCAGAUGCCUGACAAGUGCGAAGACGUGCCAAGAUUUGGGAGGACACCCCCGGUGACACGGACACUGACAUGCAAUGCAAACAGGGAAGUUCCACCGGGCAGCUGUGAAUAUCCGGGAGGAUGUACGGCUGUCUGACAUUGGAAUCACCAGAGGACAUGAUCAUAAUCUUGCAGCUCGUGCACAUCUUUCUCCUCAUGGUCGGGCCGACCCUCUGCUUGUGCCCGAACCAGUGCGCCUGCAACGCGGUCUCGGGGUUCGUCAACUGCCGGGAGAAAGGCUUCACCAACGUACCUGGCGGAAUGGGCGCCGACGUGGAUUACAUCAACCUCGGAAACAACAACCUGACAAGAAUAACCACUCAGUCCUUUGAGAGAUUCCGUCGACUGCAUUAUCUCACGCUCGACCGCAACCACAUCUCUGACAUCGCAGAGUUGGCCUUCGAGAAUAUGCGAGAGUUGAGAGUUCUUAACCUGCAGUGGAACUCCUUGACAUUCCUAAGAAAGGGAGUCUUCCGCGGUCUCAUCAACCUCCAGGACCUAAGACUGUCUUACAAUUCUCUCAGAAAGCUUGGUUUCUUAAACGAAGAGGACCUUUACUCCUUACAAACUCUAUACCUAGACAGGAAUAAUAUAUCGACACUUAACAGUUUGACAUUCGCCCAUCUGCAUAGCCUUAAGUUCGUACACCUUGAGUACAACAAAUUAAGUGCUAUGGAAGACGGGAUAUUUAGCGGAAGCUUGGACGUUGAACACGUGCUGCUUACUGGCAACAGGAUCACCAAAAUGUCGCCGUCUUCCUUCAAGGACUUAAGAACAUUGAGGUCCUUAAACUUGGACGUGAACCAGCUGUCUUCCGUGAAGUUUGAAACGUUUCGUAACAUCAAGAGCAGGUACACGAACCUUUACCUGGACUCUAACCCUUGGCACUGUGAUUGCGACUUACAAAGGACGUUUAACAAGAUACAUUUGACGAAAAAUUUGCAUAUUGUCCGAUACGAGGAGCUUGCCUGUCACAAGCCGGGGGAGGUACGAAACGUGACACUGAAAGCUCUGGGGACGAAUUUCUGCGUAGCCGAGACUGUGACCAUUCUCGUGAUCACAAUAACGGUAGUUGUGGCAGUGGUGGCAGCAGUGGUAACCACGGAGCGUAACAGGAGACAGAGGAUGCAGAACUCACCACACAUUGCAAGUAUAUGAUGAACAACGUUCAAUGAUGCUAGCGAUUAACAACUAUGGAAAUCGUUCGAUGCGUUCAGGUAGGCCACGGCGGGAUGGAAGCAGAUUCUACUCUUCUAUUGCCGCGUCUUUGAAAUCAGGGAAGUGGACUUGAAUGACAUCCCUCGGGAACAGUCUCUAAACGCAGCAUACGUCUUUUUCCGAUUAAUAAAAGAUAACUUUGACAUUUGAAAAAUGACGAGACUGCCUGUGAGAUUCCCAGUGAUAUGUAUUGACAUGCUGUAUUAAAAAGCCAGAAGGGAGAUUACCAAACUCUUCUACCCUGGCUUGAAGAGACUGUUAUCCUCUGUUCAAAAUCUCAGAUCACUUCAAUGUUUGCCUUACAUUAGAACGUAGCUUUUCUUACAAUGUACUUGCAUAUACCUAAAAUUAUCAGGAAGUUUCUGGAGAUUCGCAUGCUCUGAUAAACUAAACCUCUGACCGAAGAUGGCAAGCGACAUGCAAUAUGAUACCAUAUGAAAGCAAUAACUAUAUGUUAUCAGUUUUAUAUAUUUUACUAAAUUAGUACCUUGAGACUUCUUUCAAAACGCAUAUAGAGGUAUACACAGAUUUGGUGGGUAACCUCCGUAACAGCGAAAAAUAAUAAUAUCUCAAAUUGAAUCUUGGAAUCGUGCCAGUGUAUAAGACGCGUAGUGUGAGAAUGACGCGCCGCAACAGUGCAAACACUCGAGGACACUGAAUGAUUUCGGCAUACAGAUUCAUCUUUCUUGACAUUUUCUAUCAAGACUUUGCGUGAUAUGAUUUUCUUGGCGAUGUGAAAGGUGCUCCCAUAGGGACUUCUGUAUUCACCAGAAGCGAAUUCAUCAAAUCAUCAAAAGUCACUACUUGAGCCACUACUUUUAUAGAUGUCAACGGCUAAAAGUGCCCACGGCAACUUUGACGUUGUAUAGCUCCCAAACGGCUUGUGCUAGAACAACCAAACUUGGUGACUUUUCCUAGAAUAUUGUUAGCAACAAUUUACAAAAAAAGUGGGGUAAGUUUAUUAUUUUUCGUAUUGCCAUGGCAACGGGUUUAUGAAAGGUAAAUUUUACAAAAAUCACAAAUUUUGGUUUAAAC